CUUAUUUGUUAAAAAUAAUAAACUUCACUAGUAUACAAAUAUUAUUGUGAAUGUAACUACUAUGUAACAUUAGAUUUUUAAUAAAGUAGUGCGCUAGUUGUAAAGAAAAUAAAAUAGGAAAAUGAGCGACGAAAAACGGCCCCUUCUAAUAGGACCAGCUAUUCCGUUCGAUAAUAAUGAAAGCCAAACAGUGGAAUUAGUGAGUUCGAGCUCGCCAGCGAAAGAUGAUAAAUCUAAAAGCGAAUACAAUCCGGCGUCGGAGCGUUCGCUGGAACAUCCGACGUCCAACUUCGACACUCUCAUACAUUUGCUGAAGGGAAACAUUGGAACCGGCAUUCUGGCUAUGCCGGAUGCUUUUAAAAAUGCUGGAUUGUAUUUGGGUAUCUGCGGGACACUGCUGAUGGGAGUGAUAUGCACACACUGCAUGCACAUAUUGGUGCGGUGCUCACGAGAACUGUGCAUCAGGAAUCAGAGACCCUCAAUGAAUUUUGCGGAUGUGGUGGAGGAAGCCUUUGCCAUGGGCCCGAUUUUUCUAAGACCGCAUGCUAAAAAAAUAAGGCAUGUUGUUGAUAUAUUUCUUGUGAUAACUCAGCUGGGGUUCUGCUGCGUGUACUUCUUGUUUGUGGCCACUAACCUCCAGGACAUCAUGCACAUCUUCCAUGUGAACCUCGGAGUCCACAGCUACCUGGCCCUCCUGUUCCCGCCGUUACUGGCACUCGGGAUGGUCAAGAACCUCAAGUACCUGACGCCCGUCUCUCUGAUCGCCUCCCUUAUGACCGCUUGGGGCCUGAUAAUAACAUUCUACUAUAUCUUACAAGACCUGCCUCCUACUAACACUGUGAAGGCGUUCUCCAGCUGGCACCAGCUGCCGCUGUACUUUGGGACGGCGAUUUACGCGUUUGAAGGCAUUGGCGUGAUUCUACCCCUCGAGAACAACAUGAAGACGCCCGAAGCUUUGGGCGGCGCGGCGGGCGUGCUCAACACGGGCAUGGCGAUCGUCGCCGCCCUAUAUACGGCUAUCGGCUUCUUCGGCUACCUGAAGUACGGCAGCCACGUGCUGGGCAGCAUCACGCUGAACCUGCCGGGCUCGGCGCUGGCGCAGUCGGCGCGCGCGGCGAUGGCGGCGGCCAUCUUGCUGUCCUACGGCCUGCAGCUGUACGUGCCCGUGACGGUGGUGUGGCCGAUGGUGAAGGCGCGCCUGACGACGGACGCGGCGCUCGAGUACGGGGAAGCGGUGGUGCGCUUCGUCCUCAUCUCUAUUACCUUCAUGGCGGCGGUGAUGAUCCCGAACCUGAGCGCCAUAAUCUCGCUGGUGGGCGCGUUCAGCAGCUCCGCCCUGGCGCUCAUCUUCCCGCCAAUCAUCGAGCUCGUCACCUUCUGGCCGGACCGCGGCUGGCGGCUAUACAAGAACGUCGCCAUCGUCAUCUUCGGCUUGACCGGCUUCGGCUUCGGAACGUACGCCAGUAUACAGAAUAUACUCACUUAUACAUAGAUGUACGUAUGAACGGACCGAGCCUAGAAAGAGAUAGCAGUCUGUCUAUUUUCUACAAUAAGGCCAUAUUUCUCCACUGCAAUUUGUGGACCUAUAAAGCGAAAGAGAUGGGUAGCAUAGGUACCUAGCUAUCGACUAUUAUAGCUCUACAUAUAUAGUGUGCGUAAUAUUAAUAAGAGGAGCUAGCAUUUAUUCUCUCUCUUUCACUUAGGCUACUUUUCCACCACAGCUUAGUUAGGCUGCGUUACGAUGAGUGUCUUUUUGGGAACCAGUAGAAUCGCUUCAUUUUCUAACGUCACUCAGAACAGCAAUUCUAUUAAUUUUUCAAAUUUUUCGCAAAGCAGCUUAGUUCAGCACCGGUGGAAAAGCAGCCUUACCGGUGGCCAUCGGUCGAGCUUCCAUAGUCUAUGCCCCGACCUCAGCUGUCAAUUUGACAGACGAGGCCUCCGCGUCGGUCCGCCAAACUCAACUAUGACAAUAAUUUUCAAUAGACAAAUGAAGUAGUCGUAGCUUAUAUACCGAUAAAUUAUUCAAAUCGUCGUAACCUAUUUACGUCUAGUAUUAAUUGACUAAAGUUUAUCUCGUUACUUAUAUAAACGUGUACUGUGUAUAGAAAAGGGAAAUAAUAAAACGAGCGAACAAAAAAUUACUUUGCGACUGAU